CCCGAGUCUAGUACUAUACUAUACACACUGCACUGCUUUUAUCACAGCGCAGCAUUUAUAUUUCCGAGCGCGAGCAAUCUCAUCUCACCACCACUGAGGCAAAGGCCAGGAUUUUUGUUCUCUUGGAAUUCGAUCACGGUGCAAUGUACUACAUAUAUCACAGCCUACCUCAUGUUGAAUUAUACAAAUAUGUCUUGACAGCCAGGACCUUGUACAUGUAGCAGCUUGCUGAUCACCACCUGCAGCCCUGCCAGACUGUCACAAUGGUUCGGCUUGGGGCAUCCAAGAAGACCAUCGCCGCUCUCCUCUGCAUCUCCACCGUCUUUGUCAUCUUCAUCCUCAACUCCCAGCUGAACUCCUCGACUCGCCGGCGUAUCCGCUACGAGACCCGCCACACCCUCAGCGUCCCUCUCACCCUCAACCUGUCCAAGAAUGUCACCAUCCUGCGGCUCCCGGAUGCCAACAACCGCAUCCAUCGGUAUAAGCUGGAACGCAUCGAUGAAGAAGAGGAGGAGGAGGAGGAUUAUUGGAGAGAUGAGGAGGAAGAGGAGAAGGAGAUGAGGAAUUUGAGAGAAGGUGCAGCAGAGGAGCAAUUUGAGAUACGAGCAGAUGAAGCAAAGAAGAAUUCGGAAGAUGGAUUGAAAGUGAAGGAAAUGCCAAACCAAACAGUGGACAGAGAACCUCAAGUAAAUAGACCACCCCAAACGAAUUCCAAGGACAUGCAAUUUAAGCACCAGGCAUUAAACAUUAGCAAAGAGGGGAAUUACCUGUUGCAGGUAUCGGAUCCAAGAUAUGGUCGCAUGAUAGGCAAGGUUUUAUCUAAACUACCUAAAGAUGUCCGCAAAGACAUGACAAUGAAUAUAAGAAUGGUGGAAUCAAGAACCAGGAUGGACUUUAUGAAACUACCAACUAAUAAGCAGUGGGAGGUCAUUCUCAGAGUAUAUGCAUCCAAGGGCUACAAGCAAAGGUUUCCUGAUGUCAUCAAUAUUGGGGUGAAGAAAAGUGGAACCAAUGCACUAGGUUUCUUCUUCCCUCAGCACCCACAGAUUGUUCAUUCCAUCGGCAACGAGGUCCACUACUUUGAUUGGAUGUAUGAAAAAGGCUUGUCCUAUUAUAAAUCCAGAAUGGGCUUUGCAAAACCUAGUAUGCUCGCUUUCGAGAAAACUCCACGUUAUUUUGUGACUGCUCUAGCUCCAAAGCGAAUCCUAGCCGAUUUACCUACCAAACCAAAAUUUAUAUUGUGCGUAAGAGAUCCUAUAUCCAGACUUAUAUCAGACUUUAGGCAUGAAUCUGAAUUGAAACUAAGGAGAGAGUUUAAGAGUAAUAGGUUAAAGUAUGCCUCAAGGACGGGCCAGUUUGAAGGUGAGCGGUUGAAACGAGAGAUCCUUGACAAGUUUGGUCACGUCAAUGGAUCAAACGAGAUGGUGGACACCAGUGUGUUUGUCAAACACUACAAGAACUGGCUGCAGUAUUUCCCUCCAGAGAGGAUCCUCGUCAUUGAUCAGGUGAAGAUGGAGAAAGACGUCUAUGCCGAGAUGAAACGGCUUGAAGAGUUCCUUGAGCUGGAACCUUUCUUCAGUCCAUCCAUGUUUUACUUUGACCCCGCCAAGAACGGGAUCUGCAUGCGGGAAGGGCAUCUCCCCAAUAGGAACUGCCCUGCUAAGAGUACCCCCAGUGUUCUUCCCAAAGCCAUCAUCGAUCCCGAAACGUUGGCCAAAUUGAAAGAGUUCUACCGUCCAUUUAACCAAGAGUUCUCACAAUUAACAGGAAUGUCCUUUUCUUGGGCAAACUAGUCUGGAUGGUGUCCAUAGAAACUAAUACAUUUUGAGUACAUUGCCCAAGACAAUUGGACAUGUGGUCUUUUUUUAAUCUUCUAUUUUUUUUGCCUAAUUCCACCCAAGAUGUACUGAAUCAGUUCAGGUUGGCACACUGGCUAGUGAUCUGUAUAUAUAGGAAAGCCAGACUGUCUCCUUACAGCCAAUAAUUAUAGAUGAUAGUUGAUCUCAUAUUGAGUAUCACAAGUUGUUGAUCUCAUAUUGAGCAUCACAAGUUUCAUGUAGAAACUGUGGACUAAUUUGAAAAAUUAUUCAAGAAGUGUAUAUUUUAUUGGACAUAAAGAAAAAACUCCACCAUAUAGACUUUAUAUUAUACAUGUAGGUGUUUCAAUGGAUUGGACUAAAAUUGGUGUAAAUGGAAAAUAAUGUGCUCCGUACAUUUACAUGUAUCUCUGCAUGCCUUCAAAAUGAACAAUUAUUGAAGAUUUUCUCAAACUAUCUCUCUUUAGAAGUCAAUAAUAUAGUACUUUUUAAACAAAAUGAUUCACCAAUGUAGGUAUCUGAAAAUGGAUUUGUUUUAGAUAUUUGUGAGGGAAGGAGCAUGGAAAGCCAGAUAUUGGACGAGCACUUUAAACAUGGUGUGAUUGUAUUUGAGAUGAUUCUGGGUGUGACUGUUUUUCUUGUCAAUUCUCUUAGAUGUGUAAAUUCAGUACUAUGGCAUUUGACCUAGGUGUAGAUUUAGCUUUAAAUAUCAAUUAAACAUUUUCAUAGUAUUAUUCAUUUUCUUGAAAUAUGUCCAUAUUUUAGACCAUUGUUGUGACAUCCGUAUGCUCUCUCUUUUCAUAUCCACACAACUUUUUUAAUAUAAUGAGUAGACAAGCAUAUACAUGCAGAUGUAACAACCUUAAAAUAAUUAUUAGCUUUGAGUUUUUGUUUUUGGUGAUUAAAGAAUCUGCAAAGUACUUGUUUUGUUUUCACAACUGCAGCAGACUGGCCCAGACAUUAUUCCCAUAGAUAAUCGCAUUGAUUCGUGGGGCAGAGUGACAAUCACCUGUCAUGAAUGUCUUUACAGUAGUCCUUUUUAGAGGAAGUUCACCCUGAGGAUAAGAUAAGUUGAUUUUAUUUAAAGCAGAAAAAUUAGAGAUGAAUAUUGGUGAAAGUUUGAUGAAAAUCAAAUUUUCAAUGUUUUUAAUUUGUGACAUCAUAUGCAGCUCCUCCAUUCCAUAUACCAUGUAAUAUAAAUUCCUUAAAUUCUCAAUUUUGGGGACACGGUGAAUGAAGAUAUGUUUCUUGUAGAAGGGGUAUGAAAUUAUAUAUCUAAAGGAAAAAUAACACCUUCAAUAUUUUCAAAAAAUUGCAUUUUUCAGUAUUUAUAUCACAUGAUACAGUAUAUGGAGGAUCUACUCAUCUGUGACGUCACAAAAUAAAAAUUUAAAAAUUACUAACUUGUUAUUUGAUGGAUUUUUAUCAAAUCUUCGUCAAUAUUUCUGUCUUGUUUUUUGAUCUGCUUAUUGUUAAAACUAAAUUAUGGUCAGGGUGAACUUCCCCUUAAAUUAAAAAAUGCCUUAGGUAAUCUGCAGAACAUUUAUGUACAUUGCCAAGGCACAGGACAUGUGACCAAACAUUACUGUCUCUUGUUCUGCCAUCAACCAUUAUGAAAACUGGCAAAUGUCAGUGGUAUGUGGCAUGAUGUGAAGAACAUGUAGACUGCAUUAUCAACUGAAUUUAAUGAAUAAAUAAAUAUGAAUCAAGCCUUGGUGCUGUACAUAUACAUUUCCCACCUCUUAUGAACACUCACCACAUAGCGCAGCAAAUCAUUGCUUUAUUUUCAGGUGCGGUAGGCGAUGAUUUCAAAGUAUAAUGUCGGACAAUGAAUAGUUAUAUUUUGAUAUCAACUUUGUAUAUAAACACAUGUACAUACAUCAUGAAGAAUGUGGGUUUGAUGUGUCUAUAGAGUAGACACUCCUACUUGAACAUUGUUUGUGUAUAUUUAUAUAGUGCUAAAUAUAUUUUAUUUACAUGUAGAGUUGUUUUACUCUAGAGUGUGCAAAAAAAAAUUGUUUUAACAUCAGACAGAAGAACUUAUACUAAGCGGUGAUUAUAAUGUACUUUUACAUCUGUCCAUGUAAAUAAUGUAGUUGUAAGGUUUCAGUAAGGUUUUAAUCUCUUUCUCAACCACAACUGAUUUUGUUAAAACAUUAAUUUGUGCUCUGAAAUAAUGACACAACUUACUACCUUGGUCAUUGCCGAUUUUUCAUCAGUUCUUUUGUUGCGACUUGCGACGGAUGAACAAUACAGUAUUUUUUAAGCUGAAUGCAUUGUAGUAUAUAUAAGACUCCUCAAAUAAAGUAAUAAAAGUGCAUUGCAUUCAUCAAUACAGGGGCAAUUCAAAUUUCUGUAGGAAUUGCUUGGUAUGAACAAAAAGUUUCUU